AUGUGGUCUUCUGCUAAGUCACUUAAAUGUAUUGUUUCGGACGUCAUUUGCAAUGGCAAGGCUAAUAGAUUGCUGGAGAUGGAAAAUGCUCUUCAGAAGCACAAACAGCUGUUGUUUUCACCAUUGUCAUUUCCGGGUAAAUGUGAAGGUGAUUAUCAAGCUGUUAAGACUGCUCAAAAUGCUGGGGUUUUCCUACCAGAGUUCCCACAUCGAGUUCACCUGUCCGAAGAUAUCAUUCAAGAGUCACUUUUUCUGAGUGAAGUUUUCAAGCUGAAUGAACUGAGGGCUGUUGAACUCUGCCUAACAGUUGAGAGUCAGCUUUCCUCGUUUCCCCAUCUUGCUCGGAGUUUAGUCGGUGUAAUUCUCUACUACGAAUCACAUCUGUCGAUAAUUGAAUCCCUUGUUACCUUGAUUGGUGCCCGUGAUGGUCGAAUGUGGUCAACUUCAACAACUCCUGAAAUUUGCCAGUCUGUUCACAAAUUCACAGACGAUUUGUUUGCAAGCGGAGCUCUUCAAAACAUUUUAGGUACUUUGCGAUCAUUUUCUGCGUAUGAAGAAUUCUCUCGAUUGGAAACUGCACAGGUUUUAGGUGAUUCUAAACAUCGACAUGAUGUUUUCAUGCUCCUAAAAAACAUAUCCGAAGGCUUAGCUGAAUGUGUGAUGCUAUGGUCUUGUCAAAGCGUUUUAAAUCUAAGUGAAUUUAAGCUAGUUCUGGAUUGUUUAUUAACUCCGAAACCCCAAGCAUUACCUGUAAAUUCAAAUGAAAAUAAAGGUCAGAUAAUAUUUCAAAUCAACAGUCAGCUUACAAGAGAAGGCGUACAUUUGUUUAUGGCUUUGCUGUAUUGUUUCCAACCUUUUUCUUCGAAUACAAUUUGUGCUGAUCAGUUAUCAGAUCUUACAGAUUUUGAUUUGUUUCAUCCUCUCUAUAAUGACCGCUCAUUUGCAUCCGGUAUUGGGCGUUUAUUGGAUGAGAAAAAGGCUUCAUAUGAAAAUAAUACUAAUGAAAAUGGUUCAGAAAAGUUACAGUUAUUGGCACUAAUAAAACUAUCGUGGGCAAUAUGCCUACGUAGGACAAGUCAUUUACGUGCUGAACUACGCCGUCGUCGAAGUGCAGAUGGCAACUCUAGUACAAACUGUAAAGACGACUUUGGUAUUGGUGGUGAUGAAGAAGAAGAAUUACAAGCGGCUCUAGCUAUCGAGUCAGGUGCUUUAGAAUUCGCUCGUAAACAGAUCUUAAACACUGCUGACUUUGAACGUGAGCCACUGUGGGUGUAUCGUAUGCAUUGUAUUAUUACUGAUCUACUUGUACAUAUGGCAGCUCGAGUAAAAGACAUUCGAUUACGUGAUGAAGAUUUACUAAGAUCUACAGGUUUUGAUCCAUCAACUACUGGGCAUGGUUUUGCAAACCUCUUACUCUUAAUCGCUCAACUUUAUAAUCAGCCUGGUUCACGUCUUCACAGUCGACUAGCCUUGGAGUAUUGGUGGCCUGUAGGUGAAUUGGCUAAUAUUACACCAGCAGUCUUAAGCUCAAAUGACUAUUUGUCAACGGGGAUGGCUAGCAAAUCGCCCAGGCCAAAGUUAAAUAUCUACGGUGCUCAAUCACGAAAUGCUGAGGUUGAUAAUAUUCGACAGGCCGCACUUAUUCGAUUUUUGAGGUUAGCUGGAGAUAUGGUGACAACACCGUGUUUAUUUCUACCCUACUUACGCAUGCUUCAUAGUUUAUGCUGUUCACGUAGUGCAGCUGGACUUUGUUUCAGUCUUCUUAAGGCGAAUGCAAGCAAUCCAGGUCGAGGUGCAUCAUUGAUCACUUGGGAUCAUUUCUUUAACAGUUUUCGACAAUAUUUAAAUCAUAUGAAGCAAACAGUUGUCCAACCUGAAUCAACAACAAAUCUUCGAGUUCAGUCAUCGAAUCAACUUUAUCCGCAUAUUUACUUUAAUGAUGGGAUGGGCGGAGGAUCUCGUACUACUACUAGGGGUCCAGGUGUAUCACGGCCAACAGCUGAAUCGAUGUAUGGUAGUAGAAGAGGUGUUGGCGCAAUGGAACUGUCUACAACAACAGGAGCAACAACGCCUGUGGUUACUCAACCACGUGCUAUUCAACCCGAAGAACAAGCUGGUUUACAGGCUGUUUUAAGAUUGGUCGCUCGUAUCUGUCGUAUGGAUCCAGUUGCCCGUUCAGCAUUCAUCUCUAAUCCUCAAUGGCAAUUAUUACCUGUAUGCAUGGGCUUUCUUACCUGUUCGGUGUCAUUAGAUUUAAAAGCGGAUGUUUUAUACCUACUUACUGAAUUGUGUAAAAGUCAACAAAAUAUUCCGUUACUAUGGCAAUAUUUUGUUAGUGCAGAGCUUUUACCUUUUAACAUACAACGUUCUGUUGGUCAGGCUCAAUCAUCUGUUCACGGUUUGAAUACUGAUAUGGACGAAGUCGAGCCACGAGCUGAAGAAUAUCCACUAACAAAUGCUUUUCUUUCACUGAUGACAGUUAUCCUACCAAAAUUGAUUAACUAUCCUAUAGUUAGUAGUAAUGCCUUAAAAUCUACUGAUCCUAAAGAUGCUAUGAUUACUGCUUAUGAUGGAAAUAUGAUUCAAGUUAAUCCUUUUGUUUCAAUAACUUCUUUUAUAACAAAUACAAUAUUUUUGCGGCAUACUAUGCGAGCCUAUCGUAAUCCAGUGGAACGUUGGGAUAUAGCUGCUUCUUGCUUAGUUCUGUUUGAUGGACUUGUCAAUGACUUUUUGAAUCGAUUAAACAAUGCAAUAGUAGUGAUCACUACAUUAAUGACGACUAGUCACGAAAAAGAUGUGGAGAAUUUAGACUCAUUAUUUGCUUCGAAUGGCGUUGGUGGCGGUGUUGGUGAUGUGAAGGCUGGAAAUCACCAGACUGCUAGUGGUAUCAUCAGUCAAUCCGUUGACUGGCCAUCGUAUCUAUUGAAUAUUCUAUUUCAAAUGGGUAAAGAACAACAGCGUAUUCACGGGCAUGAAAUGUAUUCGACAACGAUGAAAACGACGACAACAGCAGCGACUACAUCAGAAGCAUUGAUCAGUCAGUUGCAUUUACCUGCAGGUUGGCCAUACACUGAUCCAGGUUAUCAUUUGGCUACUCAACUUCUGACUGAUUCAUCUUUAUUCCGAAUGGUUACUGGUCUUCUAGAGGUUGGUUUACAUCGACAUCUUGAAUUUCCUCUACCGAAUGGACCACCAGCUGGAAUGACACGUGCUACAUACGCCGGUUUAAGUCUUAUCCGUCGACUACUGGCUAGUGAAGAUAUUCUAGUAACAUUUGUUCGACGUAUAGCAACAAAUAUACAACCUCGAAUUGGUUCUGGACAUAUCGUUGCCUCUAAUGUUUCUAUCCCUCUACCAAAUCUACCAUCAUUUGGUCUUACUGUUCUACCUGUGUAUGUUUCACGUUUACUUAUGUCAACUAAUAGUGGAUCUGGUAAAGCAGAUCUUAUUCCAAUGUUGUUAAAAUACUGUUUGCUGGCAGAUUACCUACCAGACCAUACAGCUUGUGCUGUCAAUAUUCUUGGCUAUUUAGCAGCUUCUAUUAAACCGCAUACAGAUUUAUUGGCUUUAUUAACAUCUGAUGAAAAAACACGUAAUCAGUUGCUUGGAGCAUUUGCGCAUUUAAUUCAAUGGCCAACAAAUAAUACAACAAUUAAUUCAACAUUCAGUCCUUCACUUGAUGAUCAAUCUACAAUGCUGCAUUAUUUAGACAAUGAUGGACAUUUUGCCUUUACAGAUGAAUGGUUAUAUGGUGACAGGGAUAAUGAAUUAGCUUUAUUACUACACACUGUUGGCACAUUUUCAGCUCGCCUACCUGCACCAGCAAGUUGUGCCGCGCGACUGGAUGCCGCUUUCCCUGUACAAACAACCAAUUGGUAUUUUCCUAAUCAAGCCUGGGAACGUUGGACUGCUUACAUGCCGUAUACAUACUUUUCUAAUUGGAGCGAUAUACGCAUUACGCAUAAUCGAAUGAUUAGUAAUGAUUAUUAUAGUACGGCAUUUGGGGAUUGGUUCUAUCAAAUUACAAGUAACUCAAGUUCAGUACCGAUAUCGAUAUCAUUCCAUCAAAUCCUGUUGGCAGUCAUGGAUCAUCCAGCGCCUAAUCUUGUACAUUGGUUGUGUGGUUUUCGUUUUGAUAGUUGUAAAGCUAUUUCACGUUCAAAUCUACAGGAUGCUGGUAUUGCUGAUCAACAAAGAACAUGUUUGCAUAGUAUGCUUGAAUUGUUAGAUACAACCUCGCAUUGGUUACAGUCUACAUCAAGUUUGCCGUAUGAAUUUGCUUGUACAUUACACUGGAUUACUGCUUUAAUUUGGCAAAUCCUGUAUAAAUUAGCCUUUGAUUCUCUGACAUCAGAACCAUUUUUACGCUUUCUUCGAAGUAAUCAUGAUCUGCUUGGGAAAUAUCUACAGUCAGAUGUUUGUCAUUCAGCAUUCAGUUCAAGUAACAGUGGAAAUAUUUGUGAAAGCUUUACACCUCGUCAGAAAGCCGUACUCGAAGCUUUGUCGUUGAAUCGUAAAAAUUGGAUACUUCGUUUGUAUGCAAUUGAAGUACGUGUUUGUGCAAUCGCCAACCAACGUUCACAUGUCACUAGAUUACUGAAAUUAUUCUUUGGCGAUCUGCUGUUCGAUAAUUCUCUUCUUCUCCCGAAGGAACAACCUAAUGAAUCCCCGUCUGUUCUGAUCAACUUUAUUCCAUUGCUUAAUGCCUCUGAAGAGUUUAUCAGUGAAUCAAAUCCAUUGGAAUCAAAAAUGUUUGAUCCAAAUCUCAUUCAUGAAGUACUGGCCAAAUCAGAGAUUGCAUGCCCACUUGUCACGUCAGAUUCAAAUGCAGCCAGGUGUUUAUCAAGAAUGAUUCACUUUAAAAUAUUUCUAAUGAAUUUAUACAUUGAACUAGUCGGACUACGUAAUGAUCUGGAUAAUUAUACCAGUGAUGAUUUAAACAAAUUGUUAAUGUUGACAUUUGAACAAGUAUUCGAUAUUAAUAUAUCAGCGCAUCAUUUAGCCUCAUUGGAAGUGUUCAACUGUACCUCUACGGUAGCCGCCGCCGCCACCACCACGGCCUCAGCAACAAUACCAAUGCUUAUUAAACAGAUUUCAGCUGUACGUGAAUGGAUUGAUACACGUAAUGUGCAUGGUCUGCUAUUGUAUGCUGGUAAGCAGGCAGCUAUCGAAGGAUGGAGACAAGCAGUGGAAAUUAGUCUGGGCCUAAUGACUGAUCAAUUAGGCUAUGGUGGUGGUACAAAGCAAAUCUCUGACGGUCAAUCGUUCUCCUCUGUAUCUAGUUAUUUGUAUUCAGAAUUGAUGAGCAGUCAAACACGUGAUGUUGGAUCUAUCAAGAGUAGUAAUGCUAUGGAUAGUAAACCACAACUUCGUCCAAUGCCUGUAUUGUGUAUGGAUGUGCUUAUUCUGUUAUUAUCAGAGAUAUGUUCGAUAAAAGAAGUCCCACAGACUAUUCGGCUGUUAGCUAGUGGUACUUCUCUCUCACUAUGCUCAUUUCUACAUUGUCAAUCGGCAGUUAUCUCCGCGAAAUCUAGUAGUUCAUUAUUAGACUCAACUGGAAUAACUAAAUGCACUUACAAUAGACAGUGGUCACCUUUACUCGUUUCAAUUAUGGAAUUAUUGAUUAAAUCAAUUGUUAGAACUAAAACAUCAACACAACGUAUGCGUGCCAAUUAUUAUGGGAGCCUAUGUUACAUGAUACGGUUUUGUCGUAGUCUGAGUCAGUUGUUAAAAGAAGAUACAACGACAGUUUCCGAUUGUAAAUCCUUAUCUGAAUGCUUCUCAGUGUUCAGUCCCUCUUCUUCUUCCUCUGUUACUUCUUCCAUGCCGGAUACUUUACAUUCUGAUAAAAUGAGCGAUCCCGAUUUAAGUCAGCUGCAUUCUAUGCUAAUGACUGAUUUAAUCCAUGGACAUACAAUCACACAAAUGGCUGCAAUGAGUUUAUUGGAGUUAUUAAUUUCAUUUGAUCGUUGCUCACACCAGUUGAUUUCACAAAUUGACAGUCAAGGAACUAUUGAGCAUCUCUUGGAGACUAUAGUUGAUGAUUUAAAUGCAAUCACUAAAUUCUUAACAUCUACUGAUGCUAGAAUACAUGAUGAUCCACAGUUGAACAAGCAGCUACCAGUCGAUGUGAAUGACAAGUCUACACCGAAUACUGUCUCUGCAUUCUUGUUGUAUCAAUCGAAAAUGUCACUUCUUUGCAGGAUAGGCAGUUCACGUGCUGGUGCAAAGGUUUUAGCAAAUCAUGGUGUAUUGAACCGUUUAGCCGAUUGUGAAUUAUUCUCCUUAUCCAAUUUAACCAAUUGUUAUGCUUAUGGCUUAGAUAAUUUAUAUAUUUGUGAAGAUAUUAACAAUACUACUACCAAUAAUAAUAGUAGUAAUUUUAUGAAUUAUUCAAAUCAUGUCGAUGAAUCCAUCACAGCUGAUUUCAACUGGUUCCAUGCAUUAUGUCAACAUCUACAUUGUUUAUCACCGCUGAGUGUUAGUAGUAAAACUGAUAAUGGUAAUAAUAAUUACAACAUAUAUUGGGAUAUCAUUGAAUUAAUCAUUAUUGGUAAAGGCAGUGUAGAGUCUGGUUGUCAGUAUCAAGAACUGCAAAGUGAAGAUGAAGAGUUGAAAAUCACCUGGGCUGCUGCGUUGAUGCCUACUUUGAGGCUUUGUAAAAUUGUAUUGAAUUCAUUAGGUCCUACUCAUAUGUCAAUUAAUCAACAAGUGUUCAAUUUUCUCUAUACUCAUUCCAGUUCAUUAAUGUGCAAUGAAACACAGUUGGCCAGUUCAUUAGUAACCUUUUUAAGUCGACAAGAUUGGUCUUACAUAAAUCAUAAUCAUAACACUAUUGAUGAUUUUAAUAACAACAACUAUAAUAAUAAUACUUUUUCAUCGAAUUCCCUGAAUUCUGAAUGGCUUAUUCAAUGGAUAGCCUCAGAAACUAAUAUUAUUAAUUUAUUCACUUUAAUUAUGCAAGCGUGUAACAGUUCACUAAGUGUAUCCUGUAGUGAUGAAUAUUCUAAUCUACAACGAGAAGUGAUACAGUUGAAAAUUCUUCGUCAUACGUUUGAUCUACUCGUCAAUCUUAUCGAUCCAAAUACUGCCUAUUCUACUGCUAAUUAUGCUUCUGCUAUCACUACGGCUAGUCAUUAUGGUGAUGAUGUUGACUCGUCUAGACGAAGUAAAUUCCAGAAUAGUUGUCUAGCCUUUGAAUACUUAUUCAUUGAAACACAAUACAUUCAACUAAUGUUUAAUUUAUUAUGUGUGCUGACAUCGUAUUUAAGUACACCAGAGGGUAAACUGAGAACCAUUGCAUCCGAUGGAUUGAACAAGUGGUCUACGCAUACACUGUUUCAAUUCUUCAAUAGUUCUCCAAAUAUGUAUAAGCAAGAUAAUAAUAAUAAUAGUAGUACUAAUAUGGAUUCAAAAGUUCUCGAUACGUUGGCUUUAUUUAUUACUAUAUUAAAAUGGGCAAUGAAAUGUUUAUACAGCAAGGAGAAGAUUUGCAUAUCCCUGAUGAAUGCUCAAUUCCUUAAUAAUUAUAGUAAUAAUAAAAAUAAACGUUCAGAGAAUCACCACAGUGAACAACAACAAAAACAACAAUUUGGACAGUCUGUUGCCCAACUGUUAAAUUGUGAAUCGUCCAGUGAAAACUUAUCCAUCCAUGAAUUGAAACAAGCUUCAUCUAUCAUUUUUAAUUUUUCUGUACAGUUGUUAAAUUCUAAUGAUCGAAUGACCGGCGGUAAAGAAAGUCAGAAUUCAGAGUUUAUGAUGAUGCAGAGAUUAACACAGAUUGGUGCUAGUUGUUUACGUGUUCAACUGCGUGGACUUAUUGGUAUUAUUGAACAGUCAACCUUUUUAUUAUGGAAGCAUUUAACUAACUUCAUCAAUAAUCAGGAUACAAAAGUUGAAAGCAUCAAAUCAAAAGACCAAUCUUUACAGCCUCAACGUUUACGUGAUCUCUCGUCAAGUUUUACUGCAUCACCGAAAGCACAACCCUUAUCAUCAUCUCCAGCACAGCGACAGAUUACAGUUGGUACGGCUGCUGCUCCUGCUGCUGGUACUGGUCAUGAAGAUAAGAGCCUAGUGCAAAAGAAUAUUGCCUUUCUUCGUAGUCAUUUCGAUCAUUCAAUGCUUCAUGAAAUGUUUGAAAUGCUGAAUCACUUAACUAAGGCUGCUUUCUUGAAACAGAAUCAACGACUAUUUAUUCAAGUUAUGCAUAAUCGCUUGGAGAAAAUUCUGAUAAGCACAAACACCAAUCAGAACUUUCAAUGA